AUGAGAACAAGUUUGAGGUCUCGUGUGAAGCAGGAAUCUGGAUUUGGAAAGGGAUCAUUGAUGGCUUUUUCGCGCCAGGACUCAUCACAUAUAACAGACUUGCCGUCAUCAAGGGCCAGUGCUCCCUUAAAUCGAAUAUCGGCAUCUAACGUCUCAGAAUCGACUUCGUCUCCAUCGAGUCGUUUGUCAUCAGAGGCGGUGUCAGAAAUCGCCCCAGAAAUCGUUGUUUGGACGGAAGACAUGGAGGUGGAUGAGCCCAGUCAAGAUGAAGCAGAGCACUCCUCUGUUGCUUUAUCCCAUGAUGAUACCCCUAUGGCAGAGGACACCCCUCCAGAUGCCCUUCGCAUUCAGCCAUCCAACGCUCCUCACGAGUCGUUCGAGUCACCGAUGACCAACCUUUCCGACAGGGAGCAGUCUGAACUAUCCUCAGUGCCAUCUUCUGUCUCUAGUAAAGCAACGACCCCUGUAGACUUCGAUGGACAUCAGGAACCAUCUGUGCCAUCGACGGAGACCCCUCCGAUCCGCGAACCCCUGCGACGGUCAUUCGACGUGAAGCCGAAAUCCUCUAUCCCGUCGAAUCUAUCAAGUUAUGAAUAUGCAAGACAAUGCAUUGAAGCGGCCGAGUCGUCGAGGCUCAACCCCUACGCCCUGCAUCAGGAAGAAUAUCAGAUGCUGCAGCAACACAUUAGCCAUGUCCAAGUGACAACGUAUCUAAAUAUUAGAAACGGCAUCCUCCGGCUGUGGUAUAGUAAUCCGCGUGUCGCAGUGACUAGAAAUGAAGCAGUCGGUUGCGCCAAUGCUCGAUGGUUCGACGUUGCAAGCGUAUGUUACGACUGGUUGGUGCGACGCGGCUAUAUCAACUUUGGCUGCGUAGAGUUCCCAGCUACAAAAUUAAAUGAAGAACAAGAGACGGAAACAGAAAACGCUCCUAGAAGAAAAAGGAUAGUGGUCAUCGGUGCUGGCAUGUCUGGCCUGGGAUGUGCGAGACACCUGGACGGUCUUUUCCGCCAGUACUCGGAUCGAUUCCGUGCUCUUGGUGAACCACCCCCAGAAGUCGUUAUUCUCGAAGGGCGUGGCCGCGUUGGCGGGAGGGUGUACUCCAGAGAGUUCAAGUCGAAACCGACGACACCACUGUCUGACUUUGUGGGGGAAAGGUUUACUGCCGAGAUGGGUGGUAUGAUUAUUACUGGGUUCGAACGCGGGAAUCCAAUGAACAUCCUUGUGCGCGGGCAGCUAUGCCUACCAUACCGCGCUUUGCGAGCAGACACGACCAUAUACGAUUCGAAUGGCAAGCCUGUGGACUAUGUGAGAGAUCAGCUCGUUGAGAAUAUGUACAACGACUGCCUUGAUCGCGUCAGCGAAUUCAAGUGGAAAUCCCAGCCCUCUAAACUUAUCCAGGGUAACCGGGACUUAAUUAAUGAAGGGCGAGAUGCGGUGAGUGAUGGCCACAGGACGAUACAUCAGGCCGAAGAAGCGGCUGCAGCCCUGCCUCAUGCACCUCCCGUUUCUCAACAGAACGUGCCUGAGCGUGUCAACAUGGUACCUGUAUCAUCUGACAAGCUUACUGGCCGUGUCCACACUCAACCGGGAACGCCAGGUAUACUCAAAGCGGGAGAAAAAGCCAAGUUAAUGGGAUGGACCCUCAAAGGCGGCUCAUCCAAUGACACCAACAUCGAGCUCGGGGAGGCUACAAGGCUACCCGACGCGACACUUGGCUCCGUCUUUGAUGAAGCAGUUGUCCAGUAUCGCAAUAUCGUCGAUCUUACGGCCCAAGACCAUCGCCUUCUCAAUUGGCACGUUGCCAACUUGGAAUAUAGCAAUGCUACGAACCUGUACAAUCUAAGUUUAGGUGGUUGGGAUAUUGAUGCAGGGAACGAGUGGGAGGGCAAGCAUACGAUGAUUGUUGGCGGGUACCAAACUGUCCCCAGAGGUCUUUUGCAUUGUCCUACCUCUCUUGACGUUCGAACAAAGUCUGCUGUUCAAAAGAUUUCCUACGAAACUCAUGAUAAUGGUCGUGCCUCGGUCGAGUGCGAGGAUGGCACCGUUGUUGAGGCUGAUUAUGUUGUUUCGACGAUACCACUCGGCGUGUUGAAGCAGGGCAACAUCCAGUUUGAUCCUCCUCUACCGGAAUGGAAGACGGAUGCUAUUGCUCGUAUUGGAUAUGGAGUACUCAACAAGCUGGUUUUGGUCUACGACCAACCCUUUUGGGAUACCGAGAGGCAUAUCUUCGGCGUUCUGCGAGAUGCGCCGAACCGCCAUAGUCUGAAUCAAAGCGACUACAGCACUCAGCGUGGGCGCAUGUUCCAAUGGUUCAACGUCACCCAGACCACUGGUCUACCGUGUCUUGUGGCCCUGAUGGCCGGUGAUGCUGGGUUCGACACGGAAUACAACAGUAAUGAUAAUCUCGUCGCCGAAGCCACAGAGGUUCUGCGCAGUGUGUUCGGCCCUAAGGUGCCGUACCCUGUCGAAUCUGUUGUCACACGCUGGGCGGCGGACAAGUUCGCUAGAGGAAGCUAUUCUUCAGCCGGGCCGGAUAUGCAACCCGAAGACUACGAUGCCAUGUCCCGGCCAAUUGGAAAUCUGUUCUUUGCCGGAGAGCACACCAUAGGCACGCACCCAGCCACUGUGCAUGGAGCAUACCUGUCCGGACUACGCGCGGCGUCAGAAGUUAUAGACUCGGUGCUUGGGCCCAUUGACAUCCCAACCCCUUUGGUCCUUCCAAAGGAAAGUGUCUCAAACAAACGCAAGGAAAUGGAGGAGCCCAAGAACCCGGAGCAAGUUCGUCUAGAGGCCUACGAGCUUGCCGCAUGGGAAUACAUCAAAUCCAAAAUCGGCGAGCGGCCCGUCCGCCCUGCGAAGUUGGCAGCAAACGCUUACCUCCUCUACAGCAGAGCCUUCUUCGAAGUCGCACGGAAGAAGUGCGAGGAGGAACGGGCCAACAAGAAGAAGCCUGUGCCGAACGAAGUGCGCGUCAUGACGUCCAAGAUGUGGAAGGCGGCCAGUCCCGAGGAGAGGAAGCCAUAUGAAGAUCAGGCGAUUGAGCAGAAGGCUGCUUACGCCGAGGCCGUCGAAGAGUACAAUGACAAGUCGGCACAGUGGGACAAGGAUUAUGUCGAAUUUCUAGCGGCGUACCAAAAGGAGCACCCAUACGUUCCUUUGAACGAGAGCAAGACAGAGGGUGGAUCCAAGCGGGAGAGCAGCGCGAACAAGCACCGCCGGACAAAGCAUGUCAGCUAUGCCGAAAGUGACGGCAGCGACAUGGAGUUCUGA